UGCGUCUCUGGCCACGAACGGACUAACAACCCGAGCCAUGAUGAAUCGAUGAUCUCGCGCCGGUCCUUGGUGGCCUGGGCGCUCGAACCCCCAUGCCUAUCCACUCAAAGUGCCUUACAUACGGUAGGUCCAAGUCUCGUGUGGAGCGGUGCGCGGGAAAGAGGCGGACAUGGAUGGAUCUGAGCAGGUCUCCAGUCUCCACGACUACAAUUCACAAAUCAUUCGAGGCAACUCAGCAGGCACUCGCAGCUCCAGUCCCGCCACCAUUCGCCCCAAAGCCCUACAUACGCAGACGGCGCGCGGCGAGCGUGCGGGCGGGCGGUCGGUCGGUCUCUCGAGCAGUCGUCGAUCUGGCUGGUCCAAUCCGACGUGGGCGCGCACGGCAUCCAGUCUCUUUCUCCCCUUCAUUAUCAGCUCCCACCUCAAUCCACCUCGACUCUUCACCACCACACCACGCCAGCCCAGCGUCAGACAAGGUCACGUCGUCGUCGAUUCAUCGCUGCCACCCGCGCGCCGAACCCCUUGCAGUGCGCUCUCAGCCUGCGCUGGGAGACCGCCGAGCCCAUCCCAUCCAUUGGCUCCUGGCUCGUCCUCCCGCCGCAGUCACAUCCGCAUACCAGCUGUCAAAGGUUUGCUCGGAUCGGGGCGACGCCGCGCAGCACCUCAAUAGCUCACGCUGCCAUUGUCACCGGUUCUACGAGGAUACAGUGCAGUAGCUUUGUUACACGCCAGGUGGGCACCUGGACCCUUGACUGUGUGUCA